AUAUAUAUAGUAUAUUAAAUUUUGGAUCAUGGUUUAUAUAUAAUUUUAUUGGGAUAUUAAGAUACAAAAAAAGGCCAUUUUAUAUGGUUUACGUGGGUGCGCGGGAAGCCCGUGUGCGCAGGAAGCCCGUGGAAUACGUUAGAUAUUCAUUCGCUGACAUCAUGUCCUGAUUUUAUUCACCGAGCACUGACAUAUGCCUAGAAGUGACUACAGUAACUGCAUUGAAUUUCAAGAUAUUCACCUAAUUUGAGAAAUUUGAGAUAAAAUACCGUAUGGACUGUUCUUUGGCGGGCACUGGAUAAAGCGACUCAAGACGACUCCAUGAAACAUCAACAUUAAUCUUCAAUCUUCCAUCAAAACACUUGACAUCAGCUCAUAAAUCAGGCAUCAAUCCAACGUGAUAACUAAACCAACACCAUACUAUGGACACCGCCAAAACCGUCAAGACACGACUAUGCAUGAUAUCAGACACCCACACACUGACCCCCUUCCACAGCACCCUCACCUCCAAAGCCUUCCGCCAUCCGCUCCCCGCGGCCGACAUCCUCCUGCACGCCGGGGACCUGACGGGCAUCGGGCGUCUCCCCGAGCACAAAAUCACAGUGCAGAUGCUCAUCGACGCCUCUGCGGAGCUCAAGCUCGUUAUCGCGGGUAACCACGACAUCUCGCUAGACAGCUCAUACUACGCCCGUCGCGGCGCCGCACGGCACGGGUCCGCACGCCUCGAGAACCCCGAGGAAAUCAAGGCAUUGUACACUUCUGAUGCUGCCAGGCGGGCUGGCAUCGUGUACAUGGAGGAAGAAACGCGGACGUUCACGCUCGACAGCACCGGCGCUCAGUUCACCGUGUAUGCGUCGCCAUAUACGCCGGAGUUUUGCGGCUGGGCGUUUGCGUAUGAGAGGGACCAGGAUCGGUUCAACCCGUCGACUUCGUCGGCGCAGGUUCAGGCGCGGAAUCCAGUGCCAGGGUUCCCUGGUGUGGAUAUUAUGCUCACGCAUGGCCCUCCAGAAGGGGUGUUGGAUGAGGUUAAUGAUUAUGGGGGGCAGAAGAAGAAUGUUGGAUGUGAGCAUUUGCUGAAUGCUUGUGCACGGGCGCGACCUCGGUUGCAUGUGUUUGGGCAUAUACAUGAGGGAUUUGGCGCAGUGCGACAGAAUUGGAGGACGCUCAAGCGAGAGCGGAUUCGGCAGGAUCAGGAGACCGUGCUGGAGCAGAGGUCGUGCUAUUAUGAUCUCUCGAGAGAUGCUGAAGAACCGCUUGUGUUUGGCGAAGAGACGUUGUUUGUGAACGCCAGUGUGGUCAAUGCUAGAUACAAGCCGGAGAAUGCGCCCUGGGUUGUGGAUUUGGAUUUGCCAGUCGUGACUUAGAGACUUAUUUCAGGAUAAGUUUCAUUCUGUGGAUGAUAGUAGCAAGCUGGAUUCGUUACUAUUACUACCUCGAUUACAUGUAUAUGCUUGGUUAGACUAUGUGCUGGUAUGACAAUAGCGCUCUUAUAAGUAUGUAGUCUUAUGGAUACUUUGACAGGUUAACUACAUGUCAAUUGAUCAAUUACUGUAGUACGAGUAAUAGAAUUACAUUCGGCAUCUGUAUGUAAUCAGAUUUAUGCGUUAUGUUACCUGGGAACAAUCGAACCUGCAGGACAUAUAUUUGAGCCCGGUUGGGACGAAAACCAAGGAAACCAGUGAUAUACGAAGGUACUGAGAUCGAUGUAAACGAUCAAUUGAAGCGCCAUGACACAUAGAUAGUAAUUAAG